AAAAUUCGCCACUCGCUCUUUCGAUCCUUUACGACGAGGUUCCCCUGUUUGUGCCGGAAGUAAUACCACCACAUUUUCCCGUUUUGCAUCUCCAUCUCCUCUCUCCUAUUCUUUUUCCCUUCCUUAAUUCCACCUCAGUUCGAUUGAUUUCGUAGAAGAACGGGACACGAAUUUUCUUUCCGAGCAGGGUAAGCACCUCUUCCGCCGGAAGUAACUCGUGGCGGAAAUGCAUGCCGCUUGUUCGGAGGGCGUCUCGGAGCUCACGGUCCGCCUCUAAACGCGUCCUUUCGCGACCUUGCUUCUCCCCUUCCGUUGUACCUCACCGUCGAUCGCUUUCGAAAUGCGCGAGAACUAUCGCGAGUAGAGCAACGCGAGUGGCUCGUGCGAACUGCCUGGGAUUCGAACGCGCAUUCUUCCGCAGUAAUCGCCUCGUCUCAUCUACGUAACGUCCGCGCGGAAAGAGCAAGAUCAUCUCUUUAGAAUUCGGCGCGAAAGAACGCAGGGGUGAGUCGGUGACGGCGGAGGGACAGAAAGGCAAGAAAGUACGACGACGCGCUAAUCGGGCAUGGGUCUGACGGAUACCAGUUUCGAGCUACUUCUGACCCUGUGGCGAGUCUUCGUCGUGGGAGUCCUGCCGUGGACCGAGGAGCCGCGCGGUCAGUGUCGCGGUGUCUCGCCGAGCUGCAACAUUCACGGCGACGCCGUCGCUCGUUAGUCGUCUUCGGCGCGACACUCGGUACCGGAAGGAUGUCGUCGACAGUAGUAAAAAAUGCCGCAAAGGACGUCACCGCCGGCGACGGCAGGGAGACCUGGUCGGGGAAGCUCGAUUUCUUGUUGUCGGUCAUCGGGUUCGCCGUCGAUCUCGCUAAUGUGUGGCGAUUCCCGUACCUCUGCUACAAGAACGGUGGUGGUGCAUUUCUGGUUCCCUAUUGCAUUAUGUUGGUGGUCGGCGGUAUUCCUCUGUUUUACAUGGAGCUCGCUCUUGGUCAAUUCAACAGGAAAGGUGCUAUCACUUGUUGGGGUCGACUGGUACCGCUUUUCAAAGGUAUCGGAUACGCGGUCGUCCUAAUCGCGUUUUACGUUGAUUUCUACUAUAACGUUAUCAUCGCCUGGUCACUUCGCUAUUUCUUCGCCUCGUUCGCCACGAUGCUGCCGUGGACCUCUUGCGACAACGACUGGAACACGCCGCUGUGCCGUGAGUUUGACGCGAACGUCUCGUAUGCAUUUGAGGAUAUGGCCAACGAGAUAAAUGAGAAUUUUGGAAACACGACCCGACUCCUGGUCGAUUUAGGAUCAGAUGCCGCUCAGAGCACAGCGGAUAAUCAUACAAGCGCUGCGCAUGAAUACUUCAAUCGCGCUAUUCUGGAGCUGCAUCAAAGCGAGGGCUUACACGAUCUUGGUGCCAUUAAGUGGGACAUCGCGCUAUGCUUGCUCGUGGUCUAUCUGGUGUGCUACUUUUCUCUAUGGAAGGGCAUUUCAACUUCCGGCAAGGUAGUCUGGUUUACCGCACUUUUCCCUUAUGCCGUUUUACUGAUUUUGCUGAUAAGGGGUGUCACUUUGCCGGGUAGUACCGAAGGGAUUCGCUAUUAUCUCAGUCCAAAUUUCAACGUUAUCACAAAGGCAGAGGUAUGGGUGGACGCGGCGACGCAGGUAUUUUUCUCUCUAGGACCGGGAUUCGGAGUGUUAUUGGCUUACGCGAGCUACAACAAGUAUCACAACAACGUUUACAAGGACGCCCUGCUGACGAGCUUGAUUAACAGCGCGACGUCCUUCGUCGCCGGAUUCGUCAUAUUUUCGGUGCUCGGUUACAUGGCACGCGCCAGCGGCAAAUCCAUCCAGGAUGUCGCGACGGAAGGACCCGGUCUGGUAUUCAUUGUCUAUCCGGCGGCCAUCGCUACAAUGCCCGGCUCAACAUUCUGGGCGCUCAUCUUUUUCAUGAUGCUGCUCACACUCGGUUUAGACAGCUCGUUCGGAGGUUCGGAGGCAAUUAUAACGGCACUCAGCGACGAGUUUCCUUUAAUCGGCAAUAAUCGUGAGGUCUUCGUGGCGUGUUUGUUCACCCUAUACUUUUUGGUCGGACUGGCUUCUUGUUCACAGGGCGGGUUUUACUUUUUCCACUUGUUGGAUCGAUACGCGGCCGGGUACUCGAUGCUGUUUGCCGUUCUGGCAGAAACAAUUGCGGUCAGCUGGAUCUAUGGAACGGACCGAUUUUGCGCCGAUAUUAAAGACAUGAUCGGAUUCAAACCGGGCAUCUACUGGCGAGUGUGCUGGAAAUUCGUAGCACCUCUAUUUCUUAUGUUCAUCAUUGUCUAUGGUCUAAUGGGCUACGAACCAUUAUCGUACGAGGGCUACGUUUAUCCAGUUUGGGCAAAUAUAUUAGGCUGGCUGAUCGCGUGCUCUUCUAUUAUUAUGAUCCCAGGUAUGGCAAUCUACAAAAUCAGUAGCACAUCCGGAUCCUUUGUUCAAAGGUUGAAGAUCCUAACGACACCAUGGAGGGACACGCAGCAUCAGAGGAACGAUCUGUCCUCAGUGGCGAACGGCGCGAUUCGUCGAAGUUUCCUGGCCGAGCAAGAUUUCGAAAUCACCAAGGAUCACGCGUUAACUAAGGAACAAACGGAGGUAAUGAUUCAAUCUAGAGAGGGUGUCAAGGGGAACGAUCCACCCCCUGAGCCAGUCUAGGACAGUGCGGUUGUGAUUUUGCACGGUGCCCGGUUCCAAGUAUACCUCUGCUAGAGCACGAUCGCCGAGCAAGGUCCCACAACGACAAGUAACAAUUCACCGAUCAAACAAGACGAAGAUCAGUCUCUUAUCACGGAUACACGACACUCGAGCAUAUUCCACUUGAAUCUUAGGGUACCAGCUUGAUUGACGACAUGGUUUUCUCUCUCUCUUUCUCUAGAGUCGCGGUCGAGAUCCCGCGACUCGACAUUCACGCGUCAAACUCCACUUUGUUCCUUCAUCGACGAAAACGGAGUCGACGCGAUCUAUCUCGUUCCGCGUGUUCUACCACGAAAGAAAAUUACUAUUGUGCGGAUUAUAGAAAAAAGAAACUAGGAAAAGAGAGUGGAUACCGUCGCGACGUAACAUCGUCGUCAACCAUGCUUCCCUUCGGACGGAAUCUAACCGAUAUUCUUAAACGAUAACCCUCAAUCUGUAAAUAUAACAACGCGCGUCACGGAGCACGACGAAUCACAUGAGAUUGGUGAAACGCCUUGGCGAACAAGCAAUUGAUGUUCACGCUUCUUUUAACGGACAAUGUUUGUGACAAGUAAAAGUUACACGAGCCUACCUAAUUUUGGACGAACCUACCUAACUUUGGACGACAGCUUUAAACUUAGGAGAAUCAUUUACGCGCAAAGAGCCUAAUUUAGCGUAGUUUCGAUCUUUGUAAUAAAUCGACUCGGUAUUUUCCUAGAGCGUGACAACUAAUGGACCUGCUUUGAGAGAGGUAACUAACCAAAAACCGUUACCUUCAGUAAAUCUUCUACCUGCGUAAAAGAUUUCCCGAAUCGUUUUUCGCGAUAUGAAACGAACCUUGUUGUUUAAUAGUUUAAUAAUAUCGUUUAUUUCAAAGCGAUGCGAAUUAUGUAAUCGCAUAAAAUGUUUACUUCCUAAAAAUGUUAUAGAACAGAGAUUAUAUUGUUAAGAUAUCUUAAUCUUAUAGGAGAAGAUUACGCGAUGUCGAUUAACCGAUUGUAUGAUUGACGAUUUCCUUGCUGGACCACGUUUGUUAUCUAUAAAAUAGAAAAGUGGAAGGAAAUUGUAAGUUAAUUGCGAUUAAUCGGCGUCGAUGUUUUAGACGAAUUAGACGAAUUAUAUUUCCGUUUGACCAGUUCUCCAGGCUUUCAGUAAGCCUGGAUGGUAAAUGCUGUGUGGACUAUACGCAAAUUAUAAUCACCGGUAAUAUGUUAAGCAAUUUAUUAGAUCUUAUUACCGGUGUGAAUACGCUUCAUCGAUAUCCCGCUCAGUCCUAUAUCGAACACCAUCGUAGCAUAAAACGUUGUUGCGUUUUUAUAUAGAUACAAUUUUUGAUCAUUGGGUUCACUUGCGCUGUAAUUUUCUAGUCAUCGAUUACUUCCUUAUAUAGCCAUUAAAGAUUCGUGAAUGAUACGAUUUCUUCAAUGGAAAAUUAUCUAGAAAAUUAAAUCACGAGUCCAUCAAUCUUGAUAAUCUGUUAUUUACAUUAUUUGUUUAGUCUGACUCCGCACGACCGGUUUGUUCGUUGAAUAUUACAUGCAUUUUAUUAUAUUGCAAUAAUUACAACGUGGGCAUGUAACAUAUCAAUUGCGACAUAAACAAAAUAUCUUUAUAUUUCAUAUACGCCCAUAAUGUUAGACAUUACCUGAUUUUUAGAUUUAAAUAUCGAAUUUAAAAGUAUAUUUCAUUCAAAACCAAACAGCCAUAACAUAUUUUAUGUGCUCUUAUUUUAUAUCCCUGUUGCAGUUUAAAAUAAUUUUGAUGUAUUAGUGUUAAAUAUUUCGAUUUAUUUUAAUCAAUUCUUAUUCAGUUACCGGUAUUAUUUGAUGUAACAAUUAAUUUGAAGUAUUUAAUAUAAAUUUUAGAAAUUAUAGUUCCUGGUUUACUAUUAUUCAUUUGUCACUUUGAUUAUUUAAAAUAUGUAAAGAAUUAUCGUACUAAAUACAUAUUUAAAAUAAUAUCUUUUGAUUAACCCUUUGCGGUCUAAAUUAUCUUGCAAAUGAGCGAAGAUCAAAUAGUUCAGUCACAAUUUUUUCUAAUUAGUUGAUCUGAAUAUAAGUUUUUAUUACUUGGAAGGAAUUUGUAAAAGCCCGAAAAUUAUAAUUGCAUACAAAUUCAAAUAUUUAAAGAAUUAUGUAAUAGAGGUUGAGCAAUACAUUGAGUACAACUCGACGGAUCGCAAAGGGUUAAAUACAAAUCGAUUUGCGAAUAAACGCGUCGUGCGGAUUUCACAGAGAAAUCAGUUGCAAUUUCCAGUAGUUUGAGAUUAUAACACUUUACGAGUAUUGAAACCCUAACGUGUGCCAGCCUGCUCGUAACUCUAUUUGUCUAACUGCUUCCACACGUAUGCGUCAGAUCGCGCGGUAACAGGAACGAUAAAUCGUUUCCUAAUUCUCAUAAUAUCGCACGAUGCGUGAUCUUCCGUUUAUUCAUGAUGCAACGCCUUCAUUGCGAUAGGACCGUUCGUCAUUUAUCUAGUAUUAGUCAGGGCCAGUAGAAUUGAUCGAUACAGCGUAGGUAUCCGACGGAUGUUCUCAAGUACGUAAACGCACCCCAGAGACAAGCAUUUGUAACUUUUUAAGACUACUUUUUAAAAAGUCCAAUAUUUAAAUUAAUUGAAUAAUUUAAUUCAUUUCAACAAUUAAAAAGGAUUAUUUUAUUUAUAUGUUAACGCAAUAGCUUUUCUUCUUACAGUUAUCAUCUAUGUGUAUUUUAAUCAUACAUCAAUAAUGAAUUUUUUCCUCGUUUAUUAUAUAUAAGUAGUAAGCUCAAUUUAGUAUCAUUUGGAGCUAAUUAAAUUUAGUUUAUUAAUUUCUUUAUUUUAUUAUUUAGUUUACUAAAUUUUUUGGAAAUUACCUUUUUCAUCAUCAAGUUUGAGUGUACGUUUAUCUGCACGAUUUUUAAGUGUAUCAACUUCUUGAUAAAAAAAGAAACUUCUUUUACGCUGCAACAAUUCAUCUAACAUAAUAUGAGCAAAAAUUUUCACAUCUUACGAAUAUCCAACGAUACCUGCGUCGCGCAUCCCUGCUACGCUGCGACUUCGUUUCACCGGGAGACGAAGAAACCGUAUCAGAUCUAACAGGGGAUGCCGAUAUAUCACACUUGUAGGUACAAUAAUUACGUGUCUCACAUUAUAGUUUCGCGAACUGGCCGAUGAAAGACGGCUGGACAUAGAAAUUAAGUAAUUUCGAAAUCGUCGUGAUAGAAAGUCGUUAGAAUCUUGCGGUCGAGCGUGGCGAUCGCCGCGACCCUGCCGUUCUUUAUGUUCCCCCUUUCCCACCCUUUUUUCAUCCCCCGUGCGCAGGGGCGCGUCGUCGCACGCGCGACACACACACACACACACACACGCGCGCGCGCGCGCACACGCACGCACGCACGCACACACACACACACACACGCACACACACGCACGCACGCACGCACGCACGCACACGCACACACACGCACACACACGCACACACACACACUCGCGCAUAUAUAUAGUUUAUUUAGCGAUCGUUGUUAGAUACAGAGAUGUAUACGUAUCUAUAAACUUACACAUGUGUAUGUAUAUACAUAUAUAAAAGUAAACAUAUAUAUAUAUAUAUAUAUAUAUAUUUUAUACACAUCGCAUCCGAGUUGCCAUCGCAGCCAUAGGUAGCAGCUCGGGCCUUGUUAACUCGAUUGAACUCGAUUUAAAUGACUAUACUCCUCCGAGACGAGGAAACUAGCAAGCUUGCGAAAAGUGAAAAAAAGAUCGUCGACUAAAAUCCCGAAACCUUUUUCUCCCUCCUCCCCCCCCCAAGUCUGGGCGAUUAUGCCCGCCCAAGAGCCAUAUUGGCCGGGCAUCCGCCGAGACUUAUAACCACCACAUAGAAAAGUUUUGCACCGCUUUGAAUUACGGCAUUUGGAUUAUAAUACCUCAUUGCACCGCAUCUUCUAAUGUUACGCUUCUCUAAUUAGUGUACAAAUGAUUAUUAAUUAACACUAUAUUGUAUUAAUCAUUGUAUUAAUAUUGUUUACUAUUAUUAUUAUUACUCGCAAGUGGAUACAUGAAAAGAACGAUUUUGCUAAAAUAUCUAAAAAUUUAGCUAGAAAAUAGAUCCAAAAAUAAUUUUAAUUUUAUUGGAAUAUCAAAAUAAUGAUGUACGCACAAGCUAUAGUUGUUAGAAACUUUGAUAGCAUUGCUCAUUACUUGAAUAACAUUCUCCAUAAUUAUUUUGAUGAUCCAAUAAUAUUAUUUCAGAUCUACUCUCUAAAUCUGAAUCAGUGAAAUCUUACUGAUUUACAAUGCUGUACUUAUAAUUGUGAUCAUCAGUGACAAAUCACUAUUUUUCAGUGAUUCUGAUUAAGAAAGGGGUACUCUCACUGACCGAAUCAGUAUAUUGUCAGUGAAAAACAGUGCAUAUAUCACUGAAUGAUAUAGUUAUGAAUAUAUCAUUGAAAUCAGACUAUUCACCGUCUUUCAGUGAAUAAUACACUGAUUCCAAUUUAGAAAGUAUACCCAGCUAAAUUUUUAAAUACUUCAGCAAACUAUCUUUCUUUCUUUGUAAGCAUAAGAUAGUUUUUCAUCGAUUUUGUUAUGAAUUUUAUGUGGGCGAUAUGUUUAUUGGUACCAUGUUGAUAGUGUCGAAAUAAUAGUAACUUCGUUCGUCCACAAAGACGACAGCCAUGACUGAGUCUCUAGGGCAUUAUGCAAUAAAAUAAGAAGUACAUUAAAUUACGUUAAUCACUGCGUUUAUAAACCAAUGUUUGUUACAAAGAAGCAAGAAUUUUUGCCAGUAGUUAUGAGACGAAGUGGUGAUGUGGAAGAAGUGGGAAGAGAGAAAAAAAGAAGUAGUCUGGUGGAGAAAGUCGCGCGCGACGUCUCGACGAGAUCUCACUUGUGUGUGUCUUCUUUACAGAAUACUUCUACUCGACUGUAGGUUGCCGAAAAAAAUUCACGCAUUGUUUCGAAAAAUCGAGCGGUGCAAAAUUGAUCUUGAACGCGUACGCUCCGUUCCCCGCUACGUGUCGCAUCCUGUUGAAGACUGUUACAGCUGCGGCUUUGGAGUGUGAUCCCGAUUAGCGUUGACCCGCAGCGCGACGUAGCGUUACGCAUGUAAGAAUGAUUUUGUCGAAUAAAAUUUCGUUCUCUAAAGGAA